AUGCUUUCUCCAAGUUUUCUCUCGCCUUCCUACUCCCUAGUUCCCAACUUUACUGCGCUCCAGCCCUCUCUACCUAUUGCUAGGCCUGCCAUGGCUACGGGCCCCACCUCCCUACCCGUCGUGAACAAGCCGACGAUUCACCGCGGCCUCAUCCUAACCGCAGGCGGGAUCGAAGUGGAGGUGUUCGAAGACCAGUUGAAGGAGCUUAGUGAGGCGCCGAGGACGGAGCUUGACGAGAGGAUGGUCAACGAGGGCGUUGUCCCGUUCUCAAAGGAGCUGCUGUCCGUCGAGCAGCUCGCCAAACUGUCGAUCGUGACUUCGACGCGUGCGCAUGCAGAGAUGGCGUGUUCCACACCGAUCACUUUUGCGGACAACCACCUCGACGGCCUGCUCGACAAGCAAGUGAUUCUCAUUCUGCUGCGGACCACCCUGAGUGGGGAACCAUUCUCAGGGAGAAUGAACCCUGGCCCCCAGAUGCUUCCGUGGUACAUGGUGAAGUUGUUUUGGAAAAAGAUGGGCGAUGUGGCAGAGGGAGUAGGAGUAGGAGGGGGUGCUGAACACGAGGGAGGAGGCAAGGGGGCGCCAGGCGUCAUGGUUGAGUAUGAAUACGAGGAGGAGGAGAUCGAGGAGGAUACCUCGAAGCAAGCUCAGCACAGGGUGAGCGGCCCAGGCGGUGAUGCGAGCGAGAAGGAGCACGGAGUGGCGCUCGGGGAGCGGGUGGACAAGAGGGCCCAACACGUCCCUGUGAGCGAGAAGCGAACCGAGCAGCACGUGACGGGGGACAAAGGUGGUAUCGAGAAGCUGGAGGGCAGGGCGGCUGUGCACGAGGGUGGGACAGGAGGGCAGGAUCAGGAGGGCGUGACGGCUGCGCAGGGGGGUGGGGCAGGAGGGCAGGAGCAGGAGGGCGGGGAGGCUACGCAGGAGUGUUGUCGAGGAGAUGAGCGACAGGUCGCCGUAACAAGGAGACACCACACGGCCAGUGGUAGCGGACAGGCGGGCCCUUCGACCGGGUGCCCUUCGACGGCGGGCCGUUCGACGUCGGCCAUUGCAUCCGAAGGCCAUCUCGUCGAGCUACUGCAGGGGGUCGCGGAGCUCGAGGCGUCGCAAAAAAAGCUGGUCACCGACGUCUUUGCAAAGCAUAAGUCAUCGAAGAGCACGCUGAAGCAGUGUGCCGACGCCGUAAACGGUGUCAUGGAGGAGAGGAAGCUGCUGGAAGGGGCGCGCACGAAGCUUGACGAGAUGAGCGGAAAAGUCAUCGAGGGGCCUCGAGCUUAUGAGCGCUUGGUUCCUCCUUCUUCGUCGAUGGGAGGACAUGUCGGCAGCCCGGUAGCAUCCCCGCCGUCGCGUGCCCGUCAUCUCGUCACCAAGUCUGGUGAGGACAACGAGGUCAUCGUACUCAACCAAUCGCCCCAUCCAAAGACCUCCAAAGCGGCUCCGAAGCCUCCGCCUGAUGCGUUUGCUCCCCCACGGGACAUGCUGCAGGGCCUCGGGAAAAAGGGUGGGAAAGGAGUGGUUGCGGGGGAGAAAAGUGGUAACCCAAUCGAGUCCGUCACCUCAGCCGAGAAAGGAGCCGGGGUAAAGCGAGGUGCCCCUAACCUGUCCGGUGGCGCUGCGGGGAAAGGAGCGGGGGAGACAUGGGGUGCUCCCACCCAGGUUGUCGUCGCUGCUGGGUUGCUGUCGAAGACAAAGGCCGACUCAGCUGCGCAGCUCGGUAUUGUUGGCCGUCCUGUCAAGCUUGUGGGAAAGAGGGGGUCUUCCUCUACCCCUCCCGUUGCUCCUGUCGCUGCGCUCGUCCUAGGUGACGUCCGCCUUAGCGAACUGUGUUCCCCUUCUCCUGGUCCAUGCGCCUCCCCUUCUGCGUCGAAGAAAAGGCAGGCAGUGAGGAAGUCGACGAAGCGCGCAGCAGAGGCGACAGAGAGCAGUGACGUGGUGGAGCUGGGCAGCCUCCUUGGCCAAGCUCCUGUCAAGACGGCGUCUACCGUCGUUGCUGCUUGA